CUCGUCUCUCCCCCACCGCCUUUCUAACUGAUGAGUGUGUGUCUAACUGGCAGAAGUUUCCAAGCAGCCUAUAAAAAUAAAACCCAAAUCUCCGACGCAAGGAAUUCGUGUUCUGAUCCCAAAAUUCCUCAUCCCUUGCUUUCGCCUGGCCGAUAAUGGAAGACCACUUGACCAAACUCCACCGAUGUCUCUUCGAAUCCAGCUGCUCGUCCUCCGAUUUCCUGCACUCCCUUCGCUCGGACACUUCCAUCGCCAUCGCCCUCCAGCACUUCUACUUGAUUCUCAAGCGGGGUGUCUCCAUCAUCGUCGUCGAAGGAGAAGAGCAUGAUGAUGGCGAGAGUGUCGAGGAUAAGAAGUUAGGGUUCCAGUUAUGGACCGAUUCACAGAUUCAGUCCGUCGUCUCGUUCGGCCUCGCGAUCGUCUCCGCUUCUAGAUCUUUUUCAGUUAACCAAGCGGAGCCAGUACUGAUCGCUGUUGUGCAACAAUUGUUGGAGUUCGCUGUUUGUUACUUGGAGAAAUCAGAAUUCUGCAAUGACGAAUCAAGUAUACAGAUUAAUUUGAUACUACUCAUGGAGUUGGCUUUGGUGAAAGAAAUAGAUAAAGUCCCUGACAGGUCUUGCCCUCUAAGUUGCAUUUUAGAAUUGUUGCCAGUUGUGUCUGGUGGUCGCUGUGAUGUCCAGUUUGAUAGCCAUAUAAAAUGCAUCCUCCAAGGCUCCAGUUGCUUGAGGGCGGAGAAACAGGUGGAUCGACUACUAAUGACACUAGAGACUGAAUAUCUUCAAACUGAGGGGCAAACUUCUGGUUUCAAUGGACCCAUACAUGCUACGAGUAACUUGAUAUUUGCAUCUCAACAUUGGGCUCUAAUUCAUUUGGGUUUUGUUCGGCGUCUUAUUCCUCAUUGCACACAGCUGAUUGAACGGGCAGAUGUGCAUGGUGAGAAGGUGUCAGCUGCCAAAUUUUCUGAGAGGUUGUCUUUCAGUUUGAGGAUUCUAAGGUUACUCAGAAGCAUUGUGAAGGAAAACCCUUAUGUUGAGUAUGAUGCCUACCUAUUGGAGCAAGUUGCUUCAUUGGCUGAUACUCUACCUGGUGUCUUUAGACACAGGUUUGAAUUUGCUGAUAACCAAGGUGCCGCAGAGAGCGACUUUGAGAACCUUGUAUUAUAUCUACUAGAAGAGUUCCUUCAUCUAGUCCAAUCCAUAUUUGGCAACAGCAGCAUUUCUCAAAAUAUACAGGUGUGUAUUGUGGCUUCCAUAUUAGACAACUUGGACUCUUCUAUAUGGAGAAAUGACAAGUCUGCUGUCAGUCCAAAGCCACCUUUAGUAUAUUUUCCUCAAACUGUUGUUCUCAUGUUGAGAAUUGUUCAAGAUGUCAGAAGGGCAAUCAGUCAGGGUCAUAGGUCCAAGGAACUUGACAGAAAUCUCAUUGGAAGCUCUUCCGAUUUCCCAAACAAACCUCCAUCAUGCCAUUUACGCCUGAAGGAAGUUCCUUUGACGAAGAGUUUAACAACUGAGGAGGCAAUGAGAGUUAUAUUUACCUCAUCGGCUCAGUGGCUGGAUAAUCUAAUACAGCUUAUUAUCUUCCUUCAUCUGGAAGGUAUGAACUUCAGACCAAGAGUUGAAAAAUCACAGUCCAGCAGUGUCAAAGCUAAUUGUGCAGUAGAACUGGAAAAUGCAGCAUGCCACGAGGAUGAGGCUCUUUUUGGUAACCUUUUCGCUGAAGGUAGCCGUUCGGUAGGAUCAGUGGAAGUGUAUGAUCAGGCGCCAGUUGCUCUCAGUUCUUUCUCCAACAGUUGCAAUUUGCCAAUGCAAGCAGCCAGUGAGUUGUUGGGUGUUCUGAAAGAUGUUAUCUUCUCUCAAGAAUACCAUACUCUGUAUGAGGAUGGCUGUAAAACGAUAAGAAAGAAUCAUAUAAAUGCCUUGCUCUCUCUCCUUAAUUGCCAGGAGUGUGGUUUAGAAGACAAGUCAUCUGAUGGUUUUGCCUCUGCGCCAGAUGAGGGAAAAACUGGUAAUAUCCAUGAACUAUGCCUUGAGCUUUUUUGCAGUCUUCUCGCUCAGUGCACUAUGUCAGCUUCCCUUGAAGAGAACCUUGUUGAACAAAUUUUAGCUGUUGAAAAUGGAGCAUUUGCUUACAGUGAUCGAACUCUGAUGUUGUUGGCUCAGACAGUGUUUAGUAGAGCUGGUUCUGAUGGUGGCAGAUUGAGAACCAGACUGUAUGGAGUGUUUGUGGACUUUAUUACUGAUAAGGUAAAACUUGUUUGUACAAACUGCCCCGAUUUCAGGAAACUUCUUCAAGCUCUUCCGUCAGUUUUUCACAUGGAAAUUCUCCUAAUAGCAUUCCAUUUGUCAUCUGCGGAAGAGAAGGCCAAGCAUGCUGACUUGAUAUUUUGUUCCCUUCGAGCAAUAGGUGGACCCUCUCAUAGUUUUUCCUGCUCGCAAUUAUCCUGCUGGGGAUUAUUAGUUUCAAGAUUCGUCUUACUACUGCGACAUAUGGUUUUCUACGCAGAUACUUGUCCAUCAUCAUUGCUUCUAGAUUUACGAUCAAAGUUGAGGGAUGUCCCCUUUUGUGAUCCACUUCCUACUGGUGUAAAUGAUGAGUUAUUGUCCUGGGCAUCAAUUGCAGCAAAGAGUGUAUUGGGUGCAUUUGUUGAGGAAGAGUCUACAAUCAGCUGUUUGAUCAAUCAAUUGGUUGAUAUUUCAGCCCUUCCGCCUUCACUUUCUAGGGACAAGUUGGCCAUCACAUCUUUGACCCUGAACUGCGAUGAUCUGUGCGAUACAUUCUCGCUGAUUCUUGGGUACUGGAAAGGUAGAAAGACUAGUUCUGUAGAAGACCUGCUGGUUGAAAGAUACAUCUUCAUGCUGUGUUCGGAUGUACCUAUGAAGAAGAACUCGGAAGACAAUCAACUUCUUCUGUGGAGGGAGCCUGGGGCUAUAGACAUGUCUGAUAUUGGCUUCUUAUUUCACUUCAGCAAUGUUGUUAUGGGCUGCAGUCUUGACAGUGGGAUUGUUGAUGACCUUCAGGCUGCUGUUUUCAGUGCACUACAACACAUUUCUGCCAUGAAUAUACCAGAGGACGUUGAGGAACUAGGUUGGGAUUUCUUGAGGAGCAACAUGUCUCUAUCGUUUAUACUUUCUUUGGUUAAUGUUGGUUUGACCAGACAUGAAAACAAGAGAAAGGACACUGAGGUGGGUUUAUUCUUGGUUAAAGACGCAACUUAUGAUGAUGUACAUUACCUCACAGUUGCUGAGAAGCUGGUUUCAUCCUUGAUUGGCAGAAAUUUGCUUGUAGACUUGUUGUCCUCCUUGUUGAAGAUCUAUCUGAAGGCUCACCAAAAGGCAUUUCUUGCCACCCUUAGUAGUAGCCAAUAUGAUCCUGAGGACUUAUCACCUCUAUUACUCCUGAAACUUUCCAAGUCCGAAAAAUGCCUGAUGGAUGAGAUUGUUAGGAAAAGUGGAAUAAGCUAUCGCAGUCUGGACUCCGCUUUUAACAUUUUGACAAAGGUGGAUUCUUUGGUCAAUGAAACAGCUCUAGGAAUUCGGAGCAAAGUAUUUUGGGAAUGUGCAUUGCAUGGUUUUCCUUCUGAUCUUCGGACGCCAAGUGCCAUUCUUCUCUCUUGUGGUAUCAGCAUAAGGGCUAUUAUUACGGUUUUAGAUAAGUUGCUUGGACUUGAAAGUUUGAGCGGGAAAAUUAUCUUGGAAUCUGAGGUUCACCAACAGCUUCUUAGUUCUGUGAUGAUGGUGAAGUUUGAUCGGAUUUUUGAGAGCCUUGCUGGAAGAUGUGACACAGUUCUUGGUAACCUUAAUCCUGAUUUUGCCUUAUCAGAUGGUAGUGAUUUGUUUCUGCUGACAUACAUGGGGAGCUUUUUGAAGCACCAGAAUGCAUCAGAAUCAAGCGACAGUAGCGUACUUGAAUGGCUAAUCACCAGGACCAUUGAUAUUGCUGAAUGCUUGAGGAGACAACCAAGAAAUGUUGAGUUCUUUCUUGGCACAUCAGAUGGAGUGGGACUUGUCAAGCAGUUUAAUUGGUUGAAGUUUGGUGACUUUUUAGUUCUGCUUGAUUCGUUGGACAACUGUUCUUCUGAUGCAGUUAAUGUGAAGGUCCUCAAUUUCUUCGUGGAUCUCUUAUCUGGAGAAUCUUCUUCUGAGCUCAGACAAAGGAUACAGACCAAGUUCCUUGAAAUGGAUUCUGUUUGUUUGUCCAGAUGGUUAGAAAAGCGACUACUUGGUUCUGUUGUGGAGAUAUCUGGAGGGACACGAUGUGGAAAAGGAAGUUCUGUUUCUCUACGAGAAUCAACAACAAGUUUCAUUUUGUCUCUCGUGUCCUCAUAUUGUGAAUUGUCUUCAAAAUGUCUGCACCAUCAUUUGUUUGAAUCCUUGCUCAAUUUACUUGAUACCGCAUUCUCGCUAUUUGAUGUUCAUAUUGCCAAGUCCUUUUUCCAAGUGGUUAUUCAACUGUGCAGAGGAGAGCAAUCGAUGAAGUUGCUUCUUGAGACGACAAUAUUGUUGAUGGACAAGUUGGCUGGUAACGAUUGUCUGCUUCCCGGGCUGAGAUUUCUUUUUGGCUUUCUUGAAACUGUUUUAAGUGAUUGUGGAUCCUGUAAGAAUCCUCUUGAGAAAUCUGCAGAAAAUUCUUUUCAUCUUAGCAGUAUUGGUGAGGCUUCAGCCCUUUUGAAGGCAAUAGGAUCGAGAAAAAAUGCUGAUGCCGUGGUCCUUUCCACAAAUCAGGAAAGGAGUAGUCCUGCAAUAGAGUGUGAUGCAGCCUCUCUUGAUGAAGAUGAGGAUGAUGGUACAUCUGAUGGCGAGGUAGCUAGUGUGGAUAAAGAUGAUGAGGAUGAUAUCAAUAGUGAAAGAGCUCUUGCCUCAAAAGUAUGUACAUUUACAUCCAGUGGCAGCAACUUUAUGGAACAACACUGGUAUUUUUGUUAUACUUGUGACUUGACAGUGUCAAAAGGCUGUUGCUCUGUGUGUGCGAAAGUUUGUCACCAUGGUCACCGGGUUGUCUAUUCUCGGUCUAGUAGAUUCUUUUGUGAUUGUGGAGCUGGUGGUGUUAGGGGUAGCAAUUGUCAAUGCUUGAAGCCUCGAAAAUUUACACCACAUGACAGUGGACCAGUAUGUAGUACAGGGCACUAUCAGUCCUUCUUGCCCUUCACUGAUGCUACAGAUCAGUUGCCAGAGACAGAUUCUGAUCUAGAAGAGGAUUUGGCAGUGGACGCAGAUAGUCCUGUUAGGUGGUCUAUUCCAAGAGAGAUUCAGGAUAAGAUCCCACUUCUUAUUGAAGAACUUAAUUUGGAGUCCAAAGUAUUACAGCUUUGCUCUUCAUUGUUGCCUUCUAUAACGGCUAAAAGAGAAUAUGAACUCUCAAAGGAUAAGAAAAUCAUUCUCGGUAAGGACAAGGUGCUUUCCUUCGGAGUUGAGCUGUUGCAGUUGAAAAAGGCUUAUAAAAGUGGAUCGCUGGACCUAAAGAUAAAGGCAGACUAUUCAAAUACGAAGGAUCUUAGAUCACACUUGGCUACUGGUUCUCUUGUGAAGUCUCUGCUCAGUGUCAGUAAUCGAGGCAGACUUGCUGUUGGAGAAGGUGAUAAAGUCUCCAUAUUUGAUGUUGGUCAGCUUAUCGGACAAGCCACUGUUGCCCCGAUAACAGCAGACAAAACCAAUGUCAAGCCCCUUUCAAGAAAUGUUGUCCGUUUUGAGAUUGUACAACUUACCUUCAAUUUAGUCACUGAAAAUUAUCUUGCUGUGGCUGGGUAUGAAGACUGCCAGGUCCUCACUUUGAAUCCUCGUGGAGAGGUGACGGAUAGACUUGCCAUUGAACUUGCUCUUCAGGGUGCUUAUAUUAGACGGAUUGAGUGGGUUCCUGGUUCCCAAGUCAAGUUAAUGGUGGUGACUAAUAGAUUCAUCAAAAUGUAUGAUCUCUCUCAGGACAACAUCAGUCCUCUGCACUACUUCACACUGGCUGAUGACAUGAUUGUUGAUGCUACACUUUUGAUGGCUUCUCAAGGGAGAAUGUUUCUGGUCGUUCUUUCUGAGAAAGGAAGGUUGUUCAGGCUAGAAGUGCCUGUGGAAGGAAAUAUAGGAGCAACACCAUUGAAAGAAAUUGUUCAGAUCGAGGAUCGUGUAAUCGAUGCAAAGGGCUUAUCUCUGUACUACUCUUCUACCUACAGAUUACUACUAAUAUCCUAUCACGAUGGUACUACUUUGAUGGGUCGUCUAAGUCCUGAUGCAUCAUGUCUUUCUGAGACAUCUUCCGUGUAUGAAGAGGGACAGGAUGGCAGGAUGCUACCAGCUAGUUUGCAUCGCUGGACAGAAUUAUUGAGUGGUAGUGGUUUGUUCGCUUGCUUCUCGUCCAUGAAAUCGAAUUCUUCACUUGUUGUCGCCAUGGAAGCUGAUGCCCUUAAUGCACAGAGCUUGAGGCAUGCUGUCAGUGCGGCCUCAAAUUUAGUCGGUUUAGCUGCAUACAAGCCUUUGUCCAAGGACAAGAUCCAUUGUCUUGUUUUACAGGAUGAUGGAAGCCUUCAGAUAUAUGUACACUCACCAGGUGGAAAUGAUAGUGAUGGAAGUGUUGCAGCUGAGCAAGUAAAGAAGUUAGGUUCUGGAAUCCUUAACAGUAAAGUGUAUGCUGGUGUGAAGCCUGAAUUUCCUCUCGACUUCUUUGAGAAGACAGUUCUGAUCACUUCUGAUGUGAAACUGGGAGGUGAUGCAAUCAGAAAUGGUGAUUCUGAAGGAGCAAAACAGAGCUUGGGAUCAGAGGAUGGCUUUCUGGAGGGCCCUAGUCCUGCAGGCUUUAAGAUAUCUGUCUCCAAUCCAAACCCUGAUAUUGUGAUGGUUGGUAUUCGUGUCCAAGUGGGGAACACAUCUGCAAAUCACAUACCUUCUGAGAUUGGCAUCUUUCAGAGGGUUGUCAAGUUAGAUGAAGGCUUGCGUUCGUGGUAUGAUAUACCAUUCACUGUUGCAGAAUCUCUCCUUGCUGAUGAAGAAUUCAUCGUCACUGUGGGGCCAACUUUCAAUGGCACUGCACUACCUAGAAUUGACAGCUCUUGAAGUUUAUGGGCGAGCAAAAGAUGAAUUUGGUUGGAAAGAGAAGAUGGAUGCAGUUUUGGGUAUGGAAGCCCGUGUGCUGGGUUCGAAGUCGUCGCUUUCUGGGUCGGGUAAAAAAUCUAGGUCUGUGCAGUCUGCUUCCAUCCAGGAGCAGGUUAUAGCCGAUGGACUAAAGCUUCUAUCUAAAUUAUAUUCGUCAUCCCGGAGGGUAGAAGAUCAUGGUAAACUAGAGCUUCCUGAAUUGAAGUGCAAGAUGCUGUUGGAAAGCAUAUUUGAGAGUGAAAGAGAACCACUACUACAAGCUUCUGCUUGUCGUGUCCUGCAGGCAAUUUUCCCCAAGAAAGAGAGAUAUUACCAAGUUAAGGAUACAAUACGUCUCCAAGGAGUUGUUAAAUCAACUUCUAUUCUUUUAUCAAGACUAGGAGUUGGCGGAAUGACAGGAGGGUGGAUUAUUGAGGAGUUCACUGCUCAGAUGCGUGCCGUAUCUAAGAUAGCAUUGCACCGCCAUUCAAAUCUAGCCAAUUUUCUGGAGAUGAAUGGCGCAGAGGUGGUGGAUGGUUUGAUGCAAGUAUUGUGGGGGAUUUUGGACUUGGAGCAGCCUGACACUCAGACAAUGAACAAUAUCGUUAUUUGUGCUGUGGAGCUUGUAUAUUGCUAUGCUGAAUGUUUAGCUUCACACGGGAAGGAUGCAGGGAAGAGCUCCGUUGCCCCUGCUGUUGCUGUACUGAAGAAGCUUUUAUUCUACCCCAAUGAGGCGGUGCAAACGUCGAGCAGCCUGGCGAUAUCUUCAAGAUUGCUUCAAGUACCUUUCCCAAAACAAACUAUGUUAUCAACAGAUGAUGGUGCAGAAAAUGCUGUUUCUGCAUCUGGGCCAGGUGAUACAACAGGCAAUGGGAACACACAAGUCAUGAUUGAAGAAGAUACUAUCACCUCAUCGGUUCAGUAUUGUUGUGAUGGUUGUUCAACUGUCCCUAUACUUAGGCGGAGAUGGCAUUGCACAAUCUGCCCUGAUUUUGACUUGUGUGAAGCUUGUUAUCAAGUAUUGGAUGUUGAUCGUCUCCCCCCGCCCCAUUCCAGGGAUCAUCCUAUGACUGCUAUUCCAAUUGAAGUGGAAUCAUUGGGAGGAGAUGGUAAUGAGAUUCACUUCUCAAGUGAGGAUGUAAAUGAUUCUAACUUGAUGCGUGUCACAUCUGACAUUGGCCUACCGAGUUCCGCUCCUUCAAUUCAUGUUCUGGAGCCCAAUGAGUCUGGAGAAUUUUCUGCUUCGAUGACAGAUAUUGUCUCCAUUUCUGCUUCGAAACGGGCUGUGAACUCCUUGCUUCUUUCUGAACUGCUUAAACAGUUGGGUGGAUGGAUGCACACAACUUCUGGUGUUCGGGCUAUCCCUGUUAUGCAACUCUUCUACAGGCUAUCAUCUGCUGUGGGUGGGCCAUUUAUAGAUGGUUCACAGCCCGACACCCUUGCCCUAGAGAAGUUGAUCAAGUGGUUUUUAGACGAGAUAAAUCUUGAUCAACCUUUUGCAGCUAGAACACGUUCAUCCUUUGGAGAGGUUGUGAUUCUUGUCUUCAUGUUUCUUACUUUGAUGCUUCGAAAUUGGCACCAGCCUGGUACUGAUGGUUCUGUGAAAUCAAGUGGGACUGUUGAGAAACAUGAUAAGAGUAUUAGUCCGGUCAUUUCUGUUACUUUACAAUCUACCUUGGACGGUCAAGAGAAGAAUGAUUUUGCAUCCCAGCUGAUUCGAGCAUGCAGCUCUUUGAGAAAUCAAGCUUUUGUGAACUAUUUGAUGGAUAUCUUGCAGCAGUUAAUGCAGGUUUUCAAGUCCUCUAGUGGGAAUUUGGAGAGCUCUGUCUCAAACAAUGGUUCGGGAUGUGGGGCUCUAUUAACUGUCCGGAGAGAUUUACCAGCUGGCAACUUUUCCCCAUUCUUUUCUGAUUCAUAUGCUAAAGCGCAUCGUGGUGAUAUUUUUAUGGAUUACCAUAGGUUAUUACUAGAGAAUGCGUUCAGGCUGGUGUAUACAUUGGUCAGACCGGAGAAGCAAGACAAGACAGGUGAUAGAGAGAAGGUUUACAAGGCCUCUUCUGGUAAGGAUCUGAAGCUAGAUGGAUAUCAGGAUGUCCUCUGCAGCUAUAUUAACAAUCCUCACACCACGUUUGUUAGAAGACAUGCAAGGAGGCUAUUUCUGCAUAUUUGUGGAAGUAAAACUCACUAUUACAGUGUCCGAGAUUCAUGGCAAUUCUCAAGCGAAGUGAAGGAACUUUACAAGCAUAUCAAUAAAUCUGGUUCACUUCAAAAUCCAGUCCCGUACGAGAGGAGUGUAAAGACAGUUAAAUGCUUAUCUACAAUGGCUGAGGUGGCUGCAGCGCGGCCACGAAAUUGGCAGAAGUACUGUUUGAGGCAUGGAGAUGUAUUACCCUUUCUUAUGGGUGCAAUAUUCUAUUUCAGUGAGGAGUCUGUUGUUCAGACUCUAAGACUUCUCAAUCUAGCAUUCUAUUGUGGAAAGGAAAUGAGCCACUCCUUGCAGAAAGUUGAAGGUGGGGACCCUGUUUCAAGCUCGAGUAAAUCUGGGUCACAGUCUGGAGAUUCAAAGAAGAAGAAAAAGGGUGAAGAUGGAAAUGAAUCUAGUUCGGAGAAGUCAUAUUUGGAUAUGGAGGCAGCAGUAGAUAUCUUUACUGACAAGGAUGGUGACACUCUGAGGCAAUUUGUUGAUUGUUUUUUACUGGAGUGGAAUUCAAGCUCUGUGCGUGCAGAAGCCAAGUGUGUUCUUUAUGGUACCUGGCAUCACGGGAAGCAUUCCUUCAAGGAAAUGAUGUUAGUGGCCCUCUUGCAGAAAGUGAAGAACUUGCCUGUAUAUGGUCAGAAUAUUGUUGAGUUCACUGAACUAGUCAUCUGGUUAUUGGGGAAGAGUCCAGAUAAUAGUUCGAAGCAGCAGAGCACUGAUCUUCUCGAUCGUUGCUUGACUAAUGAGGUUAUUAGGGGUAUCUUUGAUACUCUUCACUCACAGAAUGAGCUUAUAGCUAAUCAUCCAAAUUCUCGUAUAUACAAUACUUUGAGUGGCCUUGUUGAAUUUGAUGGUUACUACCUUGAAAGUGAGCCUUGUGUUGCAUGCAGCUCUCCUGAAGUGCCCUACAGUCGGAUGAAACUAGAAAGCUUGAAGUCUGAAACAAAGUUUACAGAUAACCGCAUCAUUGUAAAGUGCACUGGGAGUUACACCAUCCAGUCUGUUACAAUGAAUGUCCAUGAUGCGCGCAAAUCUAAGUCUGUGAAAAUCUUGAACUUGUAUUACAACAACAGGCCUGUAGCUGAUUUAUCUGAGUUGAAGAACAAUUGGUCGUUGUGGAAACGAGCAAAAAGUUGCCAUCUUGCUUUUAACCAAACAGAGCUGAAAGUGGAGUUUCCUAUUCCAAUCACUGCCUGCAACUUCAUGAUUGAACUGGAUUCAUUCUAUGAAAAUCUUCAGGCUCUAUCCCUGGAGCCAUUGCAGUGCCCACGGUGUAGUCGGCCUGUGACUGAUAAGCAUGGGAUCUGUAGCAACUGCCAUGAGAAUGCAUAUCAGUGUAGGCAAUGCCGCAACAUAAAUUAUGAAAAUCUGGAUUCUUUCUUGUGUAAUGAAUGUGGGUAUAGCAAAUAUGGCCGGUUUGAGUUCAACUUCAUGGCAAAGCCGAGUUUCACAUUUGAUGAUAUGGAGAAUGAUGAAGAUAUGAAGAGGGGUUUGGUAGCUAUUGAGUCGGAGUCGGAAAAUGCUCAUAGGAGAUACCAGCAACUUCUGGGUUUCAAGAAGCCCCUUCUUAAGAUUGUAUCGAGUAUAGGGGAGAAUGAAAUGGAUUCGCAGCAGAAAGAUUCCGUUCAGCAAAUGAUGGUUUCUCUACCUGGACCUUCGUGCAAAGUGAACCGGAAGAUUGCUCUUCUUGGUGUCUUGUAUGGGGAAAAAUGUAAGGCUGCUUUUGAUUCUGUCAGCAAAAGUGUCCAGACACUGCAGGGACUCCGCCGUGUUCUGAUGAGUUAUCUGCACCAGAAGCGUUCCGAUGAUUCUGUUGCUGCCUCUAGAUUUGUUGCGUCCAGGUGUCCUAAUAACUGUUAUGGCUGUGCAACCACUUUCAUCACGCAAUGUUUGGAGAUGCUGCAAGUUCUAUCAAAACAUUCUAGUUCGAAAAAACAACUUGUAACAGCUGGCAUCUUAUCAGAGUUGUUUGAAAACAAUAUUCACCAGGGUCCAAAAACUGCACGGGUCCUGGCAAGGUCUGUUCUAUGUGCUUUCUCAGAAGGUGAUGUUGGUGCAGUGAUUGAGUUGAACAGUUUAAUACAGAAAAAAGUUAUGUACUGCCUCGAACAUCACAGGUCCAUGGACAUUGCUGUGGCCACUCGGGAGGAGAUGAUGUUACUAUCAGAAGUGUGUUCCCUAGCAGAUGAAUUCUGGGAGUCACGGCUGCGCAUUGUCUUCCAGCUUUUAUUUUCAUCCAUCAAGUUGGGGGCUAAACAUCCUGCAAUAGCUGAGCAUAUCAUUCUUCCUUGUCUAAGGAUUAUCUCCCAGGCUUGCACCCCUCCUAAAGCUGAUAAAACAGAAAAAGAGCAAGCCAGUAUAAAGCCCAUCUCUACAUCACGGUUGAAGGAAGAUAUUAGCUUUAGUACAUCUUUCAGUGGUAAGUCAUUAGAAAUGCCCAAGAAAGAUCGGUCAGGUUCUAAUAAGACACAAGAUAUUCAGCUGUUGAGUUAUUCAGAAUGGGAAAAAGGAGCUUCAUACCUUGAUUUUGUGAGAAGGCAGUACAAGGUGUCUCAGCCAGUUAAAGGUCAUAGAUCUCGGCCACAGAGACAUGAAUACUUGGCCCUCAAAUAUUUGCUUCGAUGGAAGCGACGUGCUAGUAAGACAGCAAAGGGUGGCUUGUCUACUUUUGAGCUAGGGUCUUGGGUGACGGAACUUGUUCUUAGUGCCUGUUCUCAGUCCAUCCGGUCAGAGAUGUGCCUGCUGAUUAAUUUACUUUGUGCCCAAAGCUCAUCAAGACGGUUCCGGUUGUUGAAUCUGCUCAUGGCAUUGUUACCAGCAACUCUUGCAUCUGGUGAAAGUGCUACUGAAUACUUUGAAUUGCUUUUCAAGAUGACCGAUUCCGAAGAUGCUCUUCUGUUCUUGACGGUACAGGGGUGCCUCAGUACAAUCUGCAAAUUGAUUACUCAGGAAGUGGGUAAUGUUCAUUCCUUGGAAAGGAGUUUGCAUGUGGAUAUUUCACAGGGAUUCAUCCUUCACAAGCUUAUAGAGCUCCUUGGAAAAUUCUUAGAGGUUCCAAAUAUAAGAUCCAGAUUUAUGCGUAACAAUUUGUUGCCGGAUAUCCUUGAGGCUCUUAUUGUAAUUAGAGGUUUGGUAGUACAAAAGACGAAGUUGAUAAGUGAUUGCAAUCGUCUUCUGAAAGACCUUCUUGAUGGACUUCUACUUGAAAGCAGUGAAAAUAAGAGACAGUUCAUUCGAGCCUGUGUCAGUGGCCUGCGAAUCCAUGCUAAGGAAAGGAAAGCCCGCACAUGUCAGUUUAUACUUGAGCAGCUUUGCAACUUGAUCUGUCCCUCAAAGCCAGAGUCGGUCUAUUUAUUGGUUCUAAACAAAGCUCACACACAAGAAGAGUUUAUGAGAGGAUCCAUGACUAAGAAUCCCUACUCUAGUGCUGAGAUUGGCCCUCUCAUGCGUGAUGUUAAAAAUAAGAUCUGCCAGCAAUUGGAUCUGCUUGGACUCAUCGAAGAUGACUAUGGAAUGGAGCUAUUGGUUGCUGGAAAUAUCAUUUCUCUUGAUUUAAGCAUUUCUCAAGUAUAUGAGCAGGUGUGGAAGAAAUCAAACAGUCAAUCAUCAAAUUCCAUGAUCAAUAACACCCUGCUAUCCUCGAGUGCUGCUUCGGCUAGAGACUGCCCACCUAUGACAGUGACCUACCGUCUUCAGGGAUUGGAUGGUGAAGCCACUGAGCCCAUGAUAAAAGAGUUAGAGGAGGAUAGAGAGGAAUCACAAGAUCCAGAGGUGGAAUUUGCCAUAGCUGGUGCAGUUCGUGAGUGUGGUGGCUUGGAGAUCUUGUUGGGAAUGAUCCAGCAGCCACUGCAAGAUGAUUUCAAGUCAAACCAUGAGCAGUUGGUUGCAGUUCUAGAUCUCCUCAUGCACUGCUGUAGGAUAAGGGAGAACAGACGUGCCUUAUUAAAGCUUGGAGCUUUAGGCCUUCUUCUUGAAACAGCAAGGCGUGCUUUCUCUGUGGAUGCUAUGGAGCCAGCAGAAGGCAUCCUUCUGAUUGUAGAAAGUCUGACUCUGGAGGCUAAUGAGAGUGAUAACAUUAGCAUUACACAGAGUGCCCUUACUGUUAGCAACGAGAAAACGGGCACGGGAGAAGAGGCAAAGAAAAUAGUUCUCAUGUUUCUGGAAAGAUUGUGCCACCCUUCUUCGGGCCUCAAGAAAUCAAACAAACAACAGAGGAACACUGAGAUGGUUGCUAGAAUCUUGCCCUAUCUAACUUAUGGAGAACCUGCUGCGAUGGAAGCACUUGUUGAGCACUUCAACCCGUACUUGCAAGACUGGAAGGAAUUCGACAACUUGCAAAAAGAGCAUGAAGAUAAUCCAAAGGACGAUGUCAUCACUGAGAAGGCAGCCAAGCAGAGGUUCACCAUAGAAAACUUUGUUCGGGUGUCAGAAUCGCUGAAGACGAGUUCUUGUGGGGAACGGUUGAAAGACAUCAUUGUGGAGAAGGGAAUUACAGAUACUGCUGUUAGGCAUUUGAGGGAAAGCUUCGCUGUAGCAGGUCAGGCUGGUUUCAAAUCUACUGCAGAGUGGGCAUUGGGUCUAAAACUGCCAUCUGUUCCUCUUAUACUGUCUAUGCUGAGGGGAUUGUCAAUGGGGCAUUUCGCAACCCAAAGGUGCAUCGAUGAGGGACGGAUCUUACCACUGCUCCACACUCUAGAAGGAGUGUCUGGGGAAAACGAGAUUGGGGCCAGGGCUGAGAACUUAUUGGAUACACUGUCUAAUAAGGAGGGGAAAGGCGAUGGCUUCUUAGAAGAAAAGGUGCAUGAGUUGCGUCGUGCCACCAAGGAUGAGAUGAGGCGCCGAGCUCUGAGAAAGAGAGAGGAAUUGCUUCAGGGGCUUGGAAUGAGGCAAGAACUGUCUUCAGACGGUGGCGAGAGAAUAGUUGUCGCAAGGCCUAACCUAGAAGGUCUGGAAGACGUGGAGGAAGAAGCAGAUGGCUUGGCAUGCAUGGUAUGUCGAGAAGGCUACAGCUUGAGACCGAGCGACUUGCUGGGCGUUUACACAUUCAGCAAGAGGGUGAAUCUUGGUGCUGGGACUUCAGGAAGUGCUCGUGGCGAAUGUGUUUACACUACUGUCAGUUAUUUCAACAUCAUUCAUUUCCAGUGCCAUCAGGAAGCGAAAAGGGCAGAUGCUGCAUUGAAAAAUCCCAAGAAAGAGUGGGAGGGAGCUACACUCAGAAACAAUGAGUCCCUCUGCAACUCCUUGUUCCCGAUUAGAGGUCCACUUGUCCCAUUAUCGCAGUAUGCCCGUUACGUGGACCAGUUCUGGGACAACCUUAAUGCCCUUGGACGAGCUGAUGGGAGCCGGCUUCGACUAUUAACUUACGAUGUUGUGCUGAUGCUUGCCCGAUUCGCAACUGGAGCAUCUUUCAGUGCAGAAAGCAGGGGUGGAGGGAGGGAAAGCAACUCGCGUUUCCUACCUUUCAUGGUCCAAAUGGCGCAUUACCUCUUCGAACAAGGAAGCUCAUCCCAGCGUCGGAACCUGGCAAAAACCAUCUCGUCAUAUAUAGCUUCCUCUCCUUCAGACUCCAAAUCCUCUGUUCUUGCAGCAGCACAUCCUGUCAUGGGAACAGAAGAGACCGUGCAGUUCAUGAUGGUCAACUCCCUCCUCUCGGAAUCCUACGAGUCCUGGCUGCAACACCGCCGUGCCUUCUUGCAGCGUGGAAUAUACCACGCAUACAUGCAGCACACCCACGGGCGAUCAUCCACAUCCCGGACAUCGAAAGAAGCAAGUACCAGCGUAGCAUCGGGCCAAGACAAGCCCGACGAGCUGCUCUCCAUUGUUCGGCCGAUGCUGGUCUACACGGGGUUGAUAGAGCAGAUGCAACGGUUCUUCAAGGUGGUGAAGAAAGGGUCGACGAGUGGGCCAUCAGACAGAAGCGUAGAAGACAAUGACGAGAACAUGGAAGCUUGGGAGUUGGUGAUGAAAGAACGGCUGCUGAAAGUGAGUGAGAUGCUCGGGUUCUCGAAAGAGCUGGUGUCUUGGUUGGAGGAGAUGAACUCCGCCACCGAUUUGCAGGAGGCCUUCGACAUAAUCGGUGUCCUGCCCGACGUGUUGUCUGGUGGGAUAGUGAAAUGUGAAGAUUUUGUGCACGCUGCGAUUGAGGCGGGAAAGAACUGAGCUUGUGCCGACGAGGAGCAUCAACUGUGUUAGUCCGUUUGUUUGUUUGUUUGUUUGUCUGUAGUAAAUUCCAACUCCAGUCGCUGCUCAACCCGUCUAUGCCUUUGGGUAUGUUCUGUGCAUUCGAGCCGUGUCUGGUGUUAGGAAAAACCAAAGCACAUUUGCUCCUGUUGGCUAGUAAGAAAAUAUGGAUGCCUCUUUUCCCGCUAGUUCCCCUGUUUUUGGGCUUUACAAAAGAAUGCAUUUUUGUUGGUGCAACGCCAAUGGCAAUUACGUAUUUUCGGAGAAAGUGGCUACUGGCCGUAUCGUAUCCGGAAAGCAAAUUUAUUUUGAGAAAGAAAAAAAUAUAUAACGUUGUUAUCCUAGAAAAGGAAUGGGAAAGUAUAACAAAGCGAUCUUUCGGUGUGAUCUUCUUCUACUUCGAGGCUUCGACCAACCUCUCUCUCUCUCUCUCUCUCUCUCUCUCCACACCAACCCGUAGGCCAUAGCUGUCUCCAUCACUCCCAGCAGCUACUCAAGGCCAUCCACCUUCAUCUUGCCGACGCAACACCUCCACCGCCUCCUCAUCUACUCGCUCCGUCCCACUCCUCCUGCGCCGCUGCGCCGCUUCUGCCUGGCUGGCGGCGCCCUUUCCCACCACUGUUGUUAGGAAAAAGUAAGUCCAUUGUGGUCUGAGGGUGUCUGCUUGAGAGAGCUUUGGUGUUUAUCAUUACAAUGGUGGAUCUUGCGUGUCUCGUGUACAGCUUGUAAGCCAUAGAAAAGGAAAGGAUCACUUGUUCAGAAAAUUAUUUCUCCCAUGGAUAUAAAAGGAGCUUAUGAUGUUGAGCACAUGAGUUUAAAAUCCGGAAUGGAGCAUGAAUCAUGGCCUCUUGAUGAGAUUGAUCCAAAGAAGGCAAAAUUUCCAUGUUGUCUGGUUUGGACUCCAUUCCCUGUCGUCUCAUGGUUGGCACCUUUUAUGGGGCAUGUCGGCAUUUGCAGGGAGGAUGGAGCUAUUUUAGAUUUCUCAGGCUCUAAUUUUGUGAGCGUUGACAAUUUUGCAUAUGGUGCUGCUGCCAGAUACCUUCAGCUAGAUCGAGACCAGUGUUGCUUCCCGAGGAACCGUGCUGGCCACACAUGCAAGCAUGGCUUUAUGCACACAGAGUACGGGACUGCAAUUACUUGGGACGACGCCUUACGUGCAAGCAUGUCUUCCUACGAGACCAAGACCUACAACAUCUUCACAUGCAAUUGCCUUUCCUUUGUUGCAAACUGCUUGAAUAGGGCCUGCUAUGCUGGAUCGAUGGACUGGAACAUGCUACGCGUUGCUGCCCUCAUUCUGUUCAAGGGCCACUGGAUCGACUGGAAAUCGAUCGUCAGAUCGUUCCUCCCAUUCGUGGUUGUGCUCUGCUUGGGUGUAUUGCUGGUGGGGUGGCCUUUUCUACUGGGUCUGCUCUCCUUUUUCCUCCUGCUCAUUGCGUGGUAUGUGAUUUGUACAUUUUGUGUAAAGAACGUUUUGGAGUGCUAGUGGAUGUUGUAAGUGGCUGCAAAGUUCAUAUUGGAUUAAGAUCGGUUUGGCUGAUCUUGCUCAACUUGCUUCAGGGAAUCAGGAUAAUAUUAUUAGGACUGAAACAGCCGCCAAAUGGAUGAAGCUGCGCUUUAAAAGUCUAGUCUCUGUUUUGGACGAAUUAACCAGUGGAGGAGGAAAAAACGAUUACGGUUUUGCCAGAAUAAUGGAGAACAGUGAUCAAUCUCAAUCCCUGAAACUCCUCCACCAUUUCCAAGUCUCUCCUUCCCCGCCACCGUCCGCCGUCUCCAAUCUUCCGCUCACUUUCCUCGACUACCCAUGGCUGCUCUGUCGCCCGAUGCAGCGCCUCUUCUUCUACGAUUCCCCGCUCUCAACUCAUCAAUUCACCCAGACCAUCCUCCCUCACCUCAAGACCUCCCUCUCCGCCGCCCUCCACCACUUCCUCCCUCUCGCCGGCCACCUAAUCUCCCCUGCGCCGCCUCAACGCCCUUACCUCCGCUUUUCAGACGGAGACUCUGUCCCCCUCACGGUGGCAGAGUCAGCAGGCGACUUUGACCAGAUAAUCACCAACGACCGUCCAAGAGACGCCAGGGAGCUGCGCCCUUUCGUCCCUGAGAUGCCGGAUUCUACCAUGGAGCCGGACGGCACGAAAUUGGUGCCGCUAUUGGCCAUUCGAAUCACUCUGUUUCCGGGGAAAGGCCUCUGCAUCGGCUGCCAGUUCGCCCACGUGGCCACCGACGGGAUGGGUUUCCACCACUUCGUCAAAUUCUGGGCUUCUCUGUUUAGGUCGUUGAAAUCAGGGGUGAAAGAGGACAAGAAGAAUACUUCUACUUCUGCUGUUCCAUCGCCGGCGAGAGACAGGGAAGUGAUCAGGGUUGCUUACCCGAUUCUUGAAUCGGUUCUAUUGAACCAGUGGUUCGAGUUCGGAUCAUCGUGGGAUUUCGAUUCGGGUCCGACCCAUUACCGAGACCUCUCCGAUAAGGUCCGAUCUACCUUCGUGAUUACCCGUACGAACAUCGAGAGGAUGAAGCUCUGGGUACGGGGGAAAAAUCCGACGACGUUUCGCCUCUCUGCUUUCGUGGUGAGCUCUGCUUUCAUCUGGGCCAAUCUUGUCAAAUCCCAGGCCGUCGGAGACUCAUCGGUCGGCCCCGACGCUUUGUACCACCUCAGCUUUGUCGCCGAUUGCCGGCAACGGCUCCAGAUCGGGUUGUCCCCUUGGUACUUGGGGAAUUGCCUGGGGAUUUACUACGUUUCGAUGAAGAAAAGCGAUGCGGUGGGGGAGAAUGGAUUCGCCGUAGCGGCCGAAGCGAUCGGGAGGAAAGUGGAGGAGCUGGAGAGCGGCGGCGGGCUGUUGAGAGGGGCGGAGAGGUGGGCGCCGGAGUGGAAGGAGCUGUCGGAGGAAGGGCGGCUGAUUGCGAUUGCCGGGUCGCCGAGAUUGAAGGCGUACGAGACGGAUUUCGGGUGGGGGAAGCCGAGGAAGAGCGAGGUGGUUCAGGUCGACAGUUCGGCGUCGGUGGCUCUGUGUGAGAGCCGCGACGGCGGCGGUGGAGUUGAGGUUGGAGUGGCCAUGGCGAGGAGUAAGAUGGAGGUUUUUAGUGGCUUGUUUCACUAUUUCCUGGGUCAAAUUUGAAUGAAAUUUUCCGGCUUAAAGGUCGAUGAUUUCGAUUGUACCGUAUCAAUUUCACCAGUAAUCCCCAGAAAAGCUUCCUCCAGCCGUUUCCGUUCUCCCCUUGUUUGUGUGCUUAUCAGAAGCUUUUAGUUCUUGUCCAUUUUGAUUUGUCUUUUGCCGAACCACCACCGCCAGGGAAAAAACGUCCGAUCACCCUAGACCAUGGCGUCGAAACAAAUACGAACUCUCGCCCGGCGGUCGCAUCAACGACCGCGAUCUUCCCCUCGCCGCCGCUCUAUCCGCCAUCCGAUCCUCUUCCUCCUCCGCGCUCGCCGAGUCAGUGAAGUCGGAGGUCAAGCAGCUGGACAACGACAUCAAAAUUGAUCUUCGUCAGGAGAGUUAUCCAUGUUGAUAAAUAUUUUUGUCGCCGCCCCUGCAUGUCAAUUCAAAAGAGAUCUCCUUGCGAUCUUGAUGUGGGAACACAACGUUUUUUUGUUUUGCCUAGUGAGUAGUGACUACUUUCCCUCCAGCGAGGCCAAUUUACACGUCUCCAUUCCUUUGAUUGGCAUUAAGGGGUCGUUUGCUUCAUGGAUUUAAAAAUGAGGGUUUUGUAAUUUAAAACCCAAG